AUGGGCGAAUCUAACGGGUCUACUAGCCUUAGGGUAGCCCUGAUCUCCGAGCAACGGUCAAACUACCUCCAACUCGGGUACUCCGAGGAGGACUGUGCGGCACUCACGCACGACGGAGAAAUCCAGGCGGUCUUGUUCACGCUCAAGAAGCUAGGCCACCAAGUCACGCUAGUCCCAGGCAUUGAGUCGCUGGUCCAACAGCUAGCGGCCGGGAAGCACAAGUGUUGGGACCUGGCGUUCAAUAUGGCGCAGGGCUUCCACGGGCCCGCGAGAGAAUCGCAGGUCCCCGCGCUCCUAGGCGCGUAUCAAGUUCCGCACACUUUUGCGGAUGCGGCCACAAUGGCGCUGUGUCAGAACAAGGCAAAUACCAAGAUGGUCUUGAACCAUCACAAUAUUCCUACUGCGCCCUUUCUGGUGAUCCCAGCCAAUGAACCGGCUGACAGCCUCCUCAAAUUCACCACAUCCGGGCUCCAGUAUCCGCUCUUCGUGAAGCCAGUCACCGAAGGCUCGUCCAAGGGCAUCGACGGGUUCAAUAAAGUGAAGAACCCGGUCGAGCUAGAGCCAGCCGUACAGCAACUAAGAUCCAAAUUCCCGGCUGAGGAUAUCCUGGUAGAACCGUUUCUGUCCGGUCGCGAAUUCACCGUGGGAAUUCUAGGGGCGGGCGAGGAUGCCCGGGUGAUUGGCGUCCGAGAAUUCAUCUGGAAGAAGCCUUCCACCGACUUUACCAACGGAGUUGACGGCCAUCCCGACUUGGAGUUUGCGAGCAGAUGGAGCAAAUCCAGCAGAAACAAGCUGAUCCUCCGAGAUCAAGAUCUAACCCAUCCGCAAGUUCAAGCCGCCUGUCGCGUGUCCCUAGAUGCAUGGAAGGUUUUCGGCUGCCGGGAUGCCGGGCGUGUCGACAUUCGCUUUGACUCGGACGAGCCGGAUGCUGUUCCGAAUAUCUUGGAGGUGAACCCUAUUUCCGGCCUGCUUCCAGACCAUUCUCCUUUGCCAGCCUGCGCCGAGAGCAAUGGGAUCUCGUACGCGGACCUGUUGGAAGCCAUUAUUGAAAGUGCCCUCGGUCGAUGCGGUCCAACCUUUCUUGCCAACGGGAGCUCGUAA